GGCCGCCCAGGCGGUUCCCAUCGCCUGUUGUUUUUCCCCCGUUCCCUUCCCCCUUCGACUUUUGUCUCCCUCCUCUAUUGCCACCGGUUUUGACGAUAUAUCGUCGUCGUCGUCGUCUGCGACGUUCCGCUCGAGGCUCUUAAGCUCAACGACGUGUCAUGUCGUUGAAACGCAUUUUGAACGAUGAGCCUGCUCCAGGCCCAUUAUCUUACACCGCUCCUCGGCCAAUCCACGUUGAUUCACACCCGUCGUCGAGUAAAGUAACACCGGGUCAAUCCCUUCUCCCUCUCCUGGGGGGCUCAGAGUUACCCCCACUUAAUCAGCCGUACCCCCAGAAGCCGUUCCCAUCCCUUCCGAGCUAUCCAUACCCACAACAUGACUGGUCGCCGAAUGAAUCAUUCGCAAUGGAGGAGAGGCGUAGAAGAGAGGAGGAUAGCGAGUAUGGGCCCCAAAGAUCAUUUUCUUCGCUCCGAUCAUCCUCAAGUGAGGCACCUAUGGCCUCACUCAAAGAUCCACAACGGCCUCUGCCUGCCAAUAGGACUGUGGAAGAAGCUCAAAUGGCAUCGGACCUCGAGGACUUUGAAGACGUGUGGGCUGAGGAACUCAAUGUCUACGCGGCCGAGACGCGCAAACGGAAAUUAGAUGUGGAACAGUGGUACGAAACAAGCGUGCUGGAACGCAACUCCUCUGUCGCGAGAUCUGUGUCGCACUACUACUCGACGAAGAUGUCAAAAGCCCCUGCCAUGGCUGUGCGUUCGCCAGGACAUGCAGAGGAGAGUUCACGCGCAUUAUCCCCAGCCAGCGAUCACUCUUACACCAUGGACAACUAUGCAUACGAUCCCCCACCGGAGGUUUACGGCGACGGAUAUCGUGACCGCGAGUAUACGUCUUCAGCCAGAGAGAUCCCGCGGCUGCCGCCUCCUCCCGUGCCCGUUGCUCCGAACAAGGGCAAAGCUAAGCGCCAGUCGAAGGUCAAGGCGGAGACGCCGGCUGGGGCCGCUGCACCACCCGAACGACCUGCCAAAAGAAGGAAGGUUGCUGCUGCACGCGUUGAAGAGCCUCUUCCGACCUCCGACGCGAUGGACGAAACGAACGUUGAAUGGGUGCCAACGCCGCAACCCCCAUUUCCAUCCCGUGCGACAGAAAAAGCGCGCGAGGAACCAGCACAAUCAAUUUCUUCGAUAUCUGCAGCCAAAGCUCCGCGUAAGAAACCCGGUCCCAAGAAGAAAGGAUUUGGCCCCGAGUUGGAGAUGCAACGGGCCUCACUGGCUCCGUCUGUGGCAAGUGACGUAACCCCGGCUUUGUCACGGCCGUCGUCGCGCCCUUCAUCGCCCGGGCCUAUUGCCAAUCCCUACUAUUUCGAGCUCGACGAGCAGAUUCCGCCGCUCAAGAAAGCCAAGAAAGUGGAUGAUUCAGUGAUGAUCAAGCGGCUCAGGACCCUCGAGGAGACGCAACGGAAGGUCUGGACUAAUAUUGCUCGGAAGGACGUCGCCAAGGUGUACAAAUAUCAUGUUUCUGGAUACGAAGCUAAGCUCAAGCUGACGGAGCGGGUCGCCAAAGUCGUCUCUGUGCAGGCGCGCAAGCCCUUCGCGAAAACAAACAAGACGACCAAAGAGACACAGACGAAAGCCAAACGCUUGAUGCGCGAGAUGCAAGUGUUUUGGAAGAAGAACGAGCGUGAGGAGCGCGACGUGCGGAAGAAGGAACACAAGGAGGCCAUGGAUCGUCUCAAGAUGGAGGAAGAAAAGCGCGAGGCCGCCAGACAGGCUCGCAAGCUCGAGUUCCUCAUCAGCCAGACGGAAUUGUACAGUCACUUCGUGGGAAGCAAAUUGAAAACUUCUGAAGUAGAGGGAGAAGGCGCUGAUACGGCUGCGCCUGCGGGUGCCGACCUCGAAGACGUGGAUCGCGCUAACCUGCAAGAUAUAGACUUCGACGAUGAGGAUCGCACCAACUUGCAUUUGCAUGCCAGAGCAAAUGCACAAGAGGCCAUGGCUAUGGCCAAACAACGAGCUCAGCAGUUUGACGUUCAAGCUGCAUUGGACCGCAAGACCAAUGAGGCACUCAAACUGGCGAAAGGCCAAGCGCAUAUUCACGAUGCUACCGACGAGACGACGGAAGGAGCAUCGACAUCGGCUCCGCUCGUGGAUUUGGACUCCGAUGAGCUCAACUUCCAGAACCCAACUUCCUUGAGCGGUUCGCUCACCAUUGGUCAACCGAAAAUGCUCACGGCUCAAUUGAAGGAGUAUCAGCUGAAGGGAUUGAAUUGGCUCGCGACGUUGUAUGAGCAAGGCAUCAACGGAAUCCUGGCGGAUGAGAUGGGUCUGGGAAAGACCGUUCAAUCGAUAUCUCUGCUCUCGUAUCUGGCCGAAACGCAUGAUAUUUGGGGACCCUUUCUCGUGGUGGCUCCGGCGUCGACCUUGCACAACUGGCAACAGGAGCUGACCCGUUUUGUACCUCAUCUGAAAGCUUUGCCGUACUGGGGUAACGUCAAAGAUCGGGCGACCUUGCGCAAGUUCUGGAGCAAGAAGGAAAUCACGUACAACAAAGAUGCCCCGUUCCACGUCUUGAUCACAAGUUACCAGCUCGUCACUCAGGACCAGCAGUACUUCCAGCGUGUCAAUUGGCAGUACAUGAUUCUCGAUGAAGCUCAGAACAUCAAAAACUCGUCCAGUGUCCGAUGGAAAACUCUGCUUGGGUUCCACUGUCGCAACCGACUGCUCUUGACCGGGACGCCCAUUCAAAACUCGAUGCAAGAGCUGUGGGCGCUGCUGCAUUUUAUCAUGCCUAGUCUUUUCGAUUCUCACGACGAGUUCAAUGAAUGGUUCUCGAAAGAUAUCGAGAACGCAGCGGAGAACAAGGGAAGCAAACUCAACGAGCACCAGCUCCGUCGUCUCCACAUGAUUCUCAAGCCUUUCAUGCUGCGGAGAGUCAAGCGCCACGUCCAAAACGAGCUCAGUGAGAAGGUUUGGCGAGUCGCCCUAUGCUCCAGGAUCUUGCUCAUCUUUGAACAGAUCGAGAAGGAUAUCUAUGUCGACUUGAGUGCAAGGCAGCGGUCGCUUUACAAGGCUUUGCUCCAGAAUGUUUCAAUCACAGACUUGCUCGAGAAAGCUGCCAACAUUGGCGACGCUGAUUCUGCCCGGACGUUGAUGAACUUGGUGAUGCAAUUCCGCAAGGCAAGUCUCAUGUCGAUUGUUCUAUUCGAACGUGCGGAUGUGGUUGCACCCUAUUCGUUCGCGCUCUUUGGCCGACCUGGACCUCUCAAUCGAGAGGGUGAUUUUGUACUAAUGCCAUACUCAACGAGGAACCCGAUCGAGUUCUCGGUCCCAGAGCUGAUGUUCACUGGCGGUGGAUUGUUGCGAGUGCCGUCGGAGGAUUCGACCGUUCCGUCGCAGAGCAGUUGCCUCAACAAACUCAUGAACAUUUGGUCCCUUGAUUGGGUUCAUCGUUCGCUGUAUGAGGAGGGUGCGUCUGCUUCUUUUCGAAUUGGCGGUGCCCAUCCUGAUUUCGCCGAAGCAUCCUCGUCUUUCUCCUUCCUGCGACUCAUCGACAGUUCUCCUCGAGAGGCCCACGAUCUGCAUCUAGCGCCGCUGAUUAGCCGUCGGUUGAGUGCUAUCCGGCACGACAUCUCGGCUGUCGAAGAGGCGCCAUUCUACUGUGAGCCGUCGUUCGCAGCCCAUCAACUUCGGAGCGAGUUUAAUGUCCCGCCACUAUCUUCUCGGCUUCGAUGCCUAGAACGCGUCCCAGGACUGCCGGAUCUCCAAGCGAUCAGUCAAACUGCGUGGUCCCUCAGCUGUCUGUCUCGACCUGAGUUGAGAUGGUUUGUUCCUUCUGCGGUCGCUCUUCCGAUUUCGAUGUAUUGCACAAAUCGGGUGUUCCUGGAGAGGCAGGAGCAGCUGCUUGAUGCACCGUUGGAAACCCUGGCACUGUUCGGUCUUCCUGCCGAGUUUCGAGACUCGCAGGACGCUUGCGAUCGGUACUGCGAGCUCACUCACGGGCUCGACACGCAAGGUCUAUUCCGCAACUCGCCUUCGGAUCAGAUGCCUCCUCCGACCAUGCAAGUCCCCGAGGCCAAGCGUCUAAUUUACGACUCUGCCAAACUCGCAGCGCUGGAUGCACUUCUCCAGGAGCUCAAGACAGGCGACCACCGAGUGCUCAUCUACUUCCAGAUGACCCGCAUGAUGGACCUCAUGGAAGAGUACCUCAUAUAUCGUCAAUACAAAUAUCUGCGACUGGAUGGCUCUUCCAAGAUUGAGGACCGGCGUGACAUGGUCAUCGACUGGCAAACCAAGCCGGAUAUCUUUGUGUUCAUUCUGAGCACUCGGGCCGGUGGUUUGGGCAUCAAUCUGACUGCGGCGGAUACUGUGAUAUUCUAUGACCAUGACUGGAACCCUUCGAACGAUGCGCAAGCCAUGGACAGAGCUCAUCGACUUGGCCAGACACGUCAGGUGACCGUCUACCGCCUGAUCACCAAGGGCACAAUCGACCAGCGCAUCGUCCAGAUGGCGCGCGUGAAGAAAGAUAUCUCGUUGUCGGACAAAAACUUCACGGAUGCCAACAAGCCGAGCGAGAUCAUGCAACUGUUGUUCGAUGACGAGCAGCUCGCCAACAUGGAGAACACUCGUGGCCAGCCUCCUGACGGGGGCUCUGCCAAACUGUUCAAUGUCGAGGGUGAUGAUAUGGACGACUUCUUCGGCCACUCCGGUCCGUCAGCCCCAGCCCCGACUAAUUCCAAUGAGAACGGCGAGGAAGAAAAUCCCACAGGGACCGGUGCCCGUGGGAAGAAACGCAGAGGCACUGGAGCACCCCGCGGGCGCAAGCCAGGUCGUAAGAAAGCUGAUCAGUAG